AUCAUAGUACACAAUUGUUAAGUCACUUAAGUCAAGAUUUCUUCCCAUCCCUUGACCUCAGCCUCCCGCAUAAUCUCGCUCUUUUAAUUUUUAGACUUAAAAUCUCUAGCUUCUAAUUUUAAAAUACGCAAAUUUGCCUGUAUUUGUGUUUUUAUUUAUAAUCUUUGUAUCAAUUAAGUCUGAGCGUAACAAUGGUGCAACCCCAUGUCCUCUUGGUGACAUUUCCAGCACAAGGCCAUAUUAAUCCAUCUCUCCAAUUUGCCAAAAGGCUAAUCAAAUUGGGCAUUGAGGUAACAUUUGCCACGAGCGUUUUCGCACAUCGCCGUAUGACGAAAACUGCGGCGUCCACCGCACCCGAGGGCUUGAACUUUGUGGCAUUCUCUGACGGAUUUGACGAUGGUUUCAAGCUUGACACGGAUGAUGCUAAACGUUACAUGUCGGAGAUAAGAAGUCGCGGUUCUCAAACCUUAAAAGAUAUCAUACUGAAGAGCUCGGACGAGGGACGUCCUGUCACGUCCCUCGUCUACACUCUUCUGCUUCCUUGGGCUGCUGAGGUGGCGCGCGAACAUCACAUCCCGUGCGCGUUGCUAUGGAUUCAACCAGCAACUGUGCUAGACAUAUACUACUAUUACUUCAAUGGAUAUGAGGAUGAAAUGAAGUCUAGCACCAAUGAUCCAAAUUGGUGUAUCCAAUUGCCAAGGCUUCCAUUACUAAAAAGCGAAGAUCUUCCAUCCUUUUUAGUUGCUUCUAGCUCUAAAUUAGAUGAUGGAAAAUAUGGCUCUGCUCUACCAACAUUUAAAGAGCAAUUAGACACAUUAGAUGGUGAAGAAAAUCCUAAGGUGCUUGUGAAUACAUUUGAUGCAUUAGAGCCAGAGGCCCUCAAAGCUAUUGAAAAGUACAAUUUAAUUGGGAUUGGACCAUUGGUUCCUUCAUCAUUCUUUGAUGGAAAAGAUCCUUUGGAUUCUGCUUUUGGUGGUGAUCUUUUUCAAAAGUCUAAUGACUACAUGGAGUGGUUGGAUUCACAGCCAAAAUCAUCAAUUGUUUAUAUAUCAUUUGGGAGUCUCUUGAAUUUAUCAAGAAACCAAAAGGAGGAGAUUGCAAAAGGGUUGAUAGAGAUUAAAAGGCCAUUCUUGUGGGUAAUAAGAGAUCAAGAAAAUGUGAAAGAAGCAGAGGAAUUAAGUUGCAUGAUGGAAUUGGAGAAGCAAGGGAAAAUAGUGCCAUGGUGCUCACAACUUGAGGUCCUAACACAUCCAUCUUUAGGAUGUUUUGUUUCGCACUGUGGAUGGAAUUCAACUCUGGAAAGUCUAUCGUCAGGCGUGCCUGUGGUGGCAUUUCCUCAUUGGACAGAUCAAGGGACGAACGCUAAGUUAAUCGAAGAUGUUUGGAAGACAGGUGUCAGGGUGAAAGCGAAUGAAGAUGGUGUGGUUGAGAGUGAAGAGAUAAAAAGGUGCAUAGAGAUUGUAAUGGAUGGUGGAGAGGAAGGAGAAGAGAUGAGAAAGAAUGCUAAAAAAUGGAAAGAAUUGGCAGGGGAAGCUCUGAAAGAAGGUGGAUCUUCAGAAAUGAAUCUGAAAGCUUUUGUUUAAGUUGGCAAAGGUUGUUGAGAUUCUUUUUGAUGAGGCAAUUGGUUUACUAUUCUGUAAUUUGCUUUCUUCCCCUAAUAAAAUUAAUUAGCAUGUUUA